AUGAAGAUAUCGUCGCCCAUCGCAAUGACCUUCUCAGGUCCCCCUCGACGCGCCGGAGGUAUCGUCCGUUAUCUGGUGCUAUCCGUAGGCAUAAUCGGUAUUCUCUUCUACUUGCGACGAACGUCCCCGACAUUCAGCUCUGUCCACCAACCUGUCGCUGUCACUCCAGAGCAUCUGCCGAUUAUUCCUGGCCCACAGAACCCGACAAAUCCAGAUGUACAGCCUGCAGGACCAGAGAGGCCAGCAGGCGGCGCCGAGAAGCCCCUGGAACCAGUCAAACCAGCAGACCCUCUGAAGCCCACAGAACCAGUCGCGAAAGCUCCUCAGCCAGCCCAUCCGAUCGAUACUCUGAUUGGAAAUGCAGGGGACGUGUUUGACGUUCUGCUGAAGAAGGAGAGCCAUGAUAUUAAGGGGGCAGCGGCAGAGUACAGGAAAAGGAGAGGGCGUCACCCACCGCCAGGAUUCGACCUAUGGUAUAAGUUCGCGGAGGAGAAUGGAGCGGUGAUGGUAGAGGACUUCUUCGACCAGAUCUAUCAUGAUCUUGCGCCUUUCUGGGGUCUGCCACCGUCGACGAUGCGAAAGGAGGCACACGACUAUGAGAUGACUAUCAAUGUCCGGAAUCAUAAUGCUUCGACAACUAGUGGAUGGUUCUGGACUCGGAUAUGGCAAAAUAUGACACAGACGAUUGAGCAUCUGCUGCCGGAUAUGGACAUUCCCCUGAAUGCAAUGGAUGAGCCAAGAAUUGUGGUCCCCUGGGAAGAGAUUGAUAAGUUCAUGGAGAUUGAGCGCACUACCAAGACUAUGCCUCCACCAAGUGAGGUUAUUUCGAGUUUUGGAUCAUUAGGAGACAACCCAGAUCCAGAUGUGGAAGUGCGGGACAAGAACUGGACUGACACCAGGCCAUUUUGGAAGAUUGCCGCAGCAGGAUGCCAUCCUGACAGUCUCGCGCGCCAGGCAGAGGAGCAGACCGAUUUCUCGAACACUCCUCAAAUCUCCCUUGCGCAUACGAUCCCCCAUACAUUCAAAGGUUACGUCUCCAACUACACCCUCUCUACGGAUUUUUGCCAUCAGCCAGAUCUACAAGGUCUCCAUGGAAUGAUGAUUGAUCCUCUUUCGGUUUCCUCUACCAAGACCCUUUUCCCGCUCUUCGGAGGAUCCAAACUUCCUACGAAUAAUGAAAUUCUCCUUCCCGCGCCGAUGUACUGGAACAACGAGGAGCGGUUCUCGGGUGGUAACGACCACGGAAAGCCUUGGCUGGAGAAGAUGGAUAAAGUGAUAUGGAGAGGAGUCGCAACAGGAGGCCGUAACAAACCCACGAACUGGAAAGGUUUCCAACGCCACAGAUUCGUCGCCAUGACAAACGCAACCCAAGUAUCCGCCGCCGAAAACUGGAGCCAAGUCCCCAAAAAUUGGGCCAUGCCAAUAUCAAGCUAUAACCUCGCCGCACAGCAAGAAAACAGACUAGGAGAUUGGACAGGCGAAUGGGCAGACACAGGAUUCGUAGACCUGAUGUGUGUAGUGCCCCAAGUAAACGGAUCUUGCAACUACACGUCCCCCAGCUUCUCCCUUACCCCAGGCAUGAAAAUGGCGGACCAGUUCGACCGGAAAUUCCUCCCCGACAUAGACGGCAACUCCUUCUCCGGCCGCUACCGCGGCUUCCUCAUGUCGACGUCCCUCCCUAUCAAGGCGACCAUCUUCCGGGAAUGGCACGAUUCGCGCCUCGUACCCUGGAAGCACUUCGUGCCCAUGGAUAACCGGUUCAUGGAUUUCUGGGGUAUCAUGGAGUACUUUUUGGGCUAUCAAGGCGAGAAUGUCAAGAUUGAGGGGCAUGAUAAGGAGGCGGAGAGGAUUGCGAUGGCGGGGCAGGAGUGGGCGAAUAAGGUGCUGAGGAGGGAGGAUAUGCAGAUUUAUGUACUGAGGUUGUUGUUGGAGUAUGCGAGGAUUAGUGAUGAUCAUAGGGAUAAGAUGGGGUGGGUGGGGGAUUUGGUAUGA